CUCAGACUACAUUUCCCGACAGGCCUCGCGGAUCUCCCGCCCUCCCUCCUGAGACACGAGCCGAACUGGGCGUCAGGUCGGGGAGCCGGUCGGGUUCCCGCUCGCCGCCGCCGCCGCCGCCCCCCGCCCGUAGCGACUCUCCCGCCUCUCCUGCCGCGCCGGCCGCGGGAGCUGCAUCGCUAACUCUGCUCCGCCUUGGAGCCGCUGGUCCGGGAGCACAGAGUCCGGGGCGCGACACGCAGAGCCCCCCCAUCAUCUCUAGCCGGGGCGACCCCUCCCCGGUCCGCCCUGAUCCUACGCGGCCGCCGGAGCCCCCAGCCUCCAGCGGUCCCACGGGCCGGUGUCCGCAUUCCGGCCCCUGCACUCCCGCAGCCGCCGCCCCCCACCCUGAACAUGGACUCCGACUCCUGCGCCGCCGCCUUCCACCCUGAGGAGUACUCCCCCGGUUACAAGAGGCGUAGGACCGUGGAAGAUUUCAACAAAUUCUGUACCUUUGUCUUGGCCUAUGCUGGCUACAUCCCUUAUCCAAAGGAGGAACUCCCUUUGAGGAGCAGCCCUAGCCCUGCCAACAGCACCACAGGUACAAUUGACAGCGAUGGCUGGGAUGCUGGUUUCACUGACAUCUCAUCUGCCGUGCCCUUGCCAGUCUCCGACCGCUGCUUUGGCCACCUGCAGCCCGCCCUCUUGCAGCGAGCCAAGCCCAGUAACUUCCUGCUGGACAGAAAGAAGACCGACAAGCUGAAGAAGAAGAAGAAGAGGAAGCGAAGGGACAGCGAUGUGCCCGUGAAGGAGGGGUACAUGGGCAGCUUGCUGAAGCUGGAAGCCGCCGAUCCGUAUGUGGAGACCCCCACGAGCCCCACCCUGCAGGAUAUCCCUCAGGCCCCUGGCGAUCCCUGCUCGGGCUGGGACUCCGAUACUCCUUCCAGCGGGUCUUGUGCCACGGUGUCACCUGAUCAGGUCAAAGAAAUAAAAACUGAAGGCAAACGGACUAUCGUCCGGCAGGGAAAGCAGGUGGUGUUCCGAGACGAGGACAGCACUGGCAAUGACGAGGACAUAAUGGUGGAUUCAGACGAUGACUCGUGGGACCUUGUCACCUGCUUCUGCAUGAAGCCGUUUGCCGGCCGCCCGAUGAUAGAGUGUAAUGAAUGCCAUACUUGGAUUCACCUGUCCUGUGCCAAAAUCCGGAAAUCCAACGUUCCUGAAGUGUUUGUCUGCCAAAAGUGCCGGGACUCCAAGUUCGACAUCCGCCGUUCCAACCGUUCCCGAAUGGGCUCCCGGAAGCUCUUUCUGGACUGACUGCUGGCAAGCGAGGAGACUGUGGGUGGAGAAUUGGAAGGGACGGGACAAUGGGCUUUUUGGCCCCUUUCUUAGUUGAGCACAGAACUCUCAGCUCUGGUGCAGGCAGACCCCUGCCAUUCAGGUGCCUAAGCAAAAGGACAGGCUGUCCAAGGUAUAAACUGUACAUAGCCAGUGACUGAAUAAAGUCCUCGUAGGCCAAAGCUGCUGCUAGAGCUGUGUUCUCUGCAGUGGAGGCAGGCUAAACAUCCCAGUACAGUGGGUUUGGUGCAGCUGAAAAUGAGGGUCCGUAGUAGUUGUGAAUUCUUGCUAUCAUAACAAACUCCCGCCGAUUGGAACAAGUGCUAACUGUUAACUUCUGCUUCCGGUGUGUUGGGGACAAAUGUUUCCCCGGCCUGUUAACAAACAGCCAUACGUGCAAACUUUUUCUCGAGUGUAAGUCUUUUACCAUAAGUGUCUGUACAGCAACCAUCAGAGCUGCCCCUCCCUUAGUAGUCCGCCUUCUCCCUGCCUCGUUGCUGCCUCUGGCCCCGGGGCUGCCUGCUGGACUUCUCUGGUCUCUGAGAGGAGCUGGGGGUGGUGGGCGAGCUAGGGUCCCUAGUUUUCUUUCUGUUCCUUAAAAGGGAUAGUGUGUGGCCACUUCUCUGUAGAAAGAGGGUAGGUUGGGAGAUUCAGGUGGCCCGUGUUCUUAACUCAGUUUCCUGUUUUGCACGAUGUAAAAAACCUGUCUUUUUGCACGAUAUAGCCAAAAGUAUUGGCAGAUUUUUGCCUGGGUGCCCUUUCUCUCCAGUUGGCGUAUGGGUGCCUGUGGAUGCCCAGGCAGAGUGUUUCCAAGUGAGGGGGCACUUUGAUUCCCUCCUUGUCUCUUCCCCUAGCAUUAUUCCAGUAGCAGCAUAAAGGUUAGGCAGUCACUGGGGAAUGGCAUUCCUCUAUGUGAUGGGUGAAGGAAAAUUGGGAGGAGGGCCUCUCCCACGGGUGAUUAUUAGUGUCCCCUCAUACAGGUUGGCCUGCUGGUUCCACAGGCCAAGGUUAGGACUUGAAGGCUUUUUGGUUUGCGUUGGUGAGUGAUAUGGUAACAUUGGCCUCCGGGUAUAUACCAUUGAACUGUGCAGAGUUCCUCAGAUCUGGACUGGGGACACUCUUGCGGGUGUGAUUCUAGAGAAGCCAGGGAGUUUGCUCCUGAAGGCCUGUGGGGCUCUGCUCCAGGUCAGUGUACCCUGGGACACUGGUGGUUCUGGGGCUCUGAGGGGGCGGAAGGCUUCAGCUUUGUUCCAAAUUGACAUUACUUUUUAGCAGUUCAAAUACUUGUUCUCAAAAAUGUUUUUUGUUUUUUUGUAAAUCGAUGGAUGUGUUUUCAUAUACAUUGUUUUUUGUAAAAGCAUGAAAAGGGAAGAAUGCCCAAGUUGGUCAUAUUUGUUUACAGCAGGAUGGACCCUAGUCUCCCUGCCAGGGGCUUCUGCACUUGGCAUCCUUGUGCAGGGCCACCAGGCGGACUCCCUCCACUCUCUCACUGAAGCACCAAGGGUUUGAACUGUAAUUGGCUAGUCAGAGCCCAUAUUUUGUCCUAGUAUCAUUCAUGCUUAACAAGCCAACUGCCUUUUUUUGUUCUGCUUUUAAUUCUGUUGCUUUUAUUAACACAAAAAUAGACAUAGUUUCUGAAACCCAGUUUAUUGUCAAGAUCCCCAAGGGAGAAGUGCUGUAGAGAGAAAUGGUAAGAAGCUGGUUCAGAAACAACCUUCUCCCCAGACAGCUGUCUCUGGCUCUGACGAGGGCAAAUGUGCAGGAGAAGUUGGGAGAGGAAUUUGCCAAAGAUCUGCCCCAGGACAUUGCCUGUCCAGUGUCGUCACCACGAGAAUAGCCAAAGUUCCAAAGUUUUUUUCUUUCUUUUUUUAAAUAACCACAAAGUUUUAAAGGUGCAUUUAAUAGUAUGUGUCAUUUUACAGUGGAAUGGCCAACACUAGUGAUUGCUAUUUGCUCUUAUAAGGUUCAAGGCCUGGCAACUCCUGGAAGGCUGUCGAUGGUCAUCUCAAUUUGUUUCUUCAUUUCUUUUUUGUUCUUUUGACAGGUGUACCCCUGUGGGUGGUGUCUAAGAAGUCAAGACACCUUGGUUUUGUGUUGAUUGAGCUGGCAGCUGCAAUCAGCUUUAUGCAAAUUAGGCACAGCCCGACUAGGGGCUCCUGGUUGGUGGCUGAUGAAGUGAGGGGAGGGAAAGAUGUCACCCCCAGAGCAGGCCCUUCCCAUUGGCUUUGGCCAGGCCAGACACUUAACAUCGUUUACAUGGUUCUGUGUAAUUGUAAAGUUUAUGUGUAAAAAGCGAAGCUGUUUCUGUGAAACUGUAUAUUUGUAAAUAAAGAUAUUGCUACUUUGAGGUU